AUGAGCGCUGAGUGCAGCGGCUACCGCAGCGCGAGCGGCGUCCUCGUGGACGCCUUUUCCUGCCCCAAACCGGGAGGCGCGCCGGUCGCGGUCUACUGCUGCGGGUUUAACGACGCCAAGUACUGCUGCGACGACCCCAACAGCUUUUUCCCCUAUGAGUAUGGAUAUAUGUGGUGGCUGAGCAUUGGAGCUCUGGUCGGCCUGUCCAUUGCGGCGGUCGUCCUCCUUGCCUUCCUCAUCACGGUGUGUGUCCUCUGCUACCUCUUCAUCUCCACCAAACCCAGUCGUCUUGACAACGGCCUGCCGCUCAGAGCUCCAGGAGGAGACUCCAGCGAGGGACCCAGCCAUGUGACGGUGACGUGCACAUCUGGUCCCCAGGGGUUCAGAAAACACUUCAUGAGCAGGAAGUUGGACUGUGAUAACCAGCCGUCAGACCCGGAGCGUGUUUUCCAGAGGUGUUUCACUGCUACGGUCACGGGUGUGAAGGUGGACAGCCCGUCAUUAGGCCACUGA